AGUGGAGGUUGUUGGGGGCGGCGGGGGGGGGCGUGAAGUGCGUGUUGAAUUGAGGCGAUGCAGGGCCUAGCGCCUGGAUCCGCUUAAAUCAAGGUGCGGGAAGCGCGAUAAAGCCGUCUCAACAAAAGCAAACGAGAACGAAGGAAACGGGGGAGGGGGUGAGGGAAAAGAAAGCAGUCUCCGCCCUGAGGCAGAAGCAAACGCCCGAGAAAUACAAAUGUCGGCGCGACAGCCAGACGAGUCCGCCGCUGUUUUGAUGUGCCAUCCGCUGCCACCUUGAGACAAGCCUAUGACCAUUUAUGCUGACCUCGAUUCGGUGGAGUCGCUGUUCGAUGAGCUGCCCUAUAUGUUUUACGUGGGAUUGUUUUUUGUGAACGUGCUGAUCCUGUACUAUGCCUUCCUGAUGGAGUACAUCCUCCUUAACGUGGGCAUCGUCUUCCUCCCGGACGACUUCGACCAGGCUCUCGUCGACCUCGGGGUGCUCUCGGAUCCCGCGUCGGUCACCUACGACACCGACCCCGAUUUGGAUGUAUUCGACGGCUACUUUGACUAAAAGCAAUAAAAGGGGAAAAAAACACACACACUCGCAUUGCUUUGUGAAAUUUGAUGUUUUAUACCUUCUCUGUCUUCCCACCCCGUUAACUCCCAGGCCUCCCUUUGCAACAUGGAACUGUACAGGUCAGGUCAGGAUGGCUGUCUUUGCUUUCGUUAUAAACCAAGCACCUGCUGAAGAAGACGAUAUAGUUUUGGACAUUUUUUUUCGGUGCCCUUUCCGAUCGUCCCAAGGUCGCAAUCACUAUGGGUUGUGUCAUUCCGGAGCACUUAUCUGUCCUGCAACAUUGCAGAGCCGAACUGCAUUCUCCAGGAUUAAUUGGACAACUCCUUUUACUCUUAUAGGGCACUAACAGAAUAUGUUUAGCACCUCCUCAAAGGACUGUGAUGGAAAUUGAGGGCACAAAACAGAAACCUUUUAAAUAAAAGUUUGCUUGGAUGUCCGUGAAAGUACAAAGCAGAAAAAAUGGAUAUAAUGUGGUGGUGCAAUGCUAUGUGUAAUCUCUCUAAAGUUUUAAGUUUCAGCAAGUCUACGGGAAGCUUGUUUUUAGUUCAGAGAUAUUUAAGAGUAUGUAUUUAAUCAGCUGGACUAAUUAAAUAACCUCUCCAGGUACAAUUACAAACCGUUGAUGAAACUGCACACCCUAAAGAUCUGAUUCUACUAAGAUUACAAAAAUAUUCAUACCUGUCAAAUGAAAUUAACACUAGAAGAAAUUAACAGCUUUUUUUGCCCUGGAAUAUAGAGACAAAGAGUCUGAAGAGAAGCAGUCUUCAGGAGAUGGAACAGCAAUUAAGAAUUGGAAGUGAUGUAGCAACACCUGCAAGAGAAUCUGAUACAAUUUCACAACUAUUGUUCCUUUGUGCCAUUGAACAGGCUAGAAGAACUGCAAAUUGGAGAGGUCCUGUUUUAUUGUAAAUCACGCAAUGAAGGAAAAGAUCCAAAAGGCUUAGAUUGCCAUACGAAUUGAAUGGUAAUAGAUAUAAGCAAUAUAUUGCAAAGAUUCUUUGUGGAAAAUCCAUUGAUGGGAAAGAAGACAUCAGCAUUCGGACGUUUUGCACCAAUGUACCUGUAGCAUUAAACACCACUAACUUGCAUCUUACAACACUCCAGUGUAUGGAUUAAAUGCAAUAAGGCCAAAUGUUACAAGGUUAGCAUGCAACACAGCAAGGAUUUACAUUAUUCAUAUUUCAGUUGUGCUUUUCAUACGGCUGGAACUACAGAUUCACUUAAGGAUGGUUCAUUUUAAAGAAUCUUGUAAUAUUAAUAUAAUUUGCUCAAUUAAAAGUAAUUUUUUUGUUACACCUUCCA